AUGUCUUCCGAUUCUCUGAAAAUCUACUACGAAACUAUUUAUCCAGAAGUUUGUAUUCCAGAUUCUAGAUUUUUAGCUUCUAAAGAAGGAUUAGUCAUUUAUUCCAGAAUUAUCGUAUUUUUAUCUCUUCCAAUUCAAAUUUUAUGCACUUUUUGUAUUUUAAAAAAGACUCCAGAAACGAUGAAAAAUGUGAAAUCGAGUCUUUUAAAAGUGAAUUUAUGGUCCAUUUUUUCUGGAAUUAUUUUGGGAUUUUUUGUGAUCCCACUCAAUUUUUUCCCACAUUUAUGUGGUGUUUUCAUUGGAUUGGCUGCAAAUUCAAAUCCUAUUUUUCAAUUUAAUUUGUUCAUGACGAUCCUAUUUGGAGUCCUAAUCUCCAUAAACAUUUUAUUCGAAAAUCGAAGCAGCCUAAUUGCUCAAAAUCGGUUUGCAAUUUCUAGGACUUCAACAAGAAAUUUUUGGGUUUUUAUCAAUUUUUUUGGGAAUUUGGCACUUUUGACUCCGGUAUUUCUGAAUUUACCGGACCAGGAGACUACGAAAUUGGAGAUUUUGAAGAAUCUUCCCUGCCCGGCAAAGGAAUUUUUUACCGAAUCUAUGCUGAUUAUGGCUUAUCAAGAUUUUUGGGAAUCCUAUCUUACUGUAGCUCUUCUCUUUAUUUAUUUUAACUUAAUGGCUCAAAUUCUAUUUUUCUCAAUUUGUUGUAUUUAUUAUUUAUUCAUUUUCAAAAGUUCCCAAGUCUCUGCUCAAACUAGAAAACUCCAAAUUCAAUCAUUUGUUGCAAUUAUCUUUCAAAGUCUCAUUCCAAUUUUAUUUGAUUACAUCCCAACAUUGAUAUUCUUGGAUCGACAGAGAAAAAAUGAUUAUGAUCAGUUGAAUAAUAAUUUAAUGGGUUUAUCUAUCAUUUUACAUAAUGGUAUGACUAGUUUAUCGAUUUUAUUGGUUCAAAAACCAUAUCGGAAUUUUUUGAAAUCUAUUUUUUUGUCAAAGAAAAAGUCGGAGGAACUUACCAUGCAACAAGCAGCAGCCGUCCCAUUCAACCCGUCCCGCCCGUUCCCAGUGGAAUGUUAUGCAAACAAAUUGAAUCAUCAUGUACUGGGAGCUGGCACUAACAUCAGCAAAGAACAAGUCAAAUUCAUCGAAGCCAUUGCCAAAAAUAUCAGAUCCAGUCAUACUUACUUCCUCGAAAUUUCCAAAAACCCCAAAUCUCAAGUGCAAAUUGACGAGCUUCAGAGGCGUUUGGAGGAGAAGGAAAAUGAGAAUUCGGCUUUGAAAAAACAAGUCAUGGAGCUCACCAAAAAAUUGUGCAAAAUGGAAUCAGAAAAAGAAAAUCGAAUUUCGGAUUUUGGAAAUAAAGACAAAAUCAGAAUCAAAGCCAGAACAGCAAAGAAAUUGGACCAAGAGAAAUUGGAAAAAGAGGAAAAUGAGGAUAAGAAGAGGAUUGAGAUUCUGGAAGGUGAAUACGCUCAAAUCCGUCAUCUCAAAGAGGACGCCUCAAUUCUCCGUGAAUACUACGAGCCCUCUCAUUUUUUUAAGCGUUUAGUAAAAGAAAAUGAGCAAUUGAAGACAAAAAUUCUGGAAAAGACGACGGCGAUGGAUCGAGUGAUGACGGAAAAUCAAAAAUUGAAAAAAACGAAUGAUAAGGCACUGAAGAAUAUUGAUUUGUUGAAUGAAAACAUUGAAAUUCUCAAGAAGAAGAAAAAGAAGAAGAGUAGCUACGGUUUCUGA